AUGAAUAUUAAGGAGUUGGAGGCAACACAUACUCAGGCGAAAGAUAUCAGAAGUUUGCUCAAUAUGAAGUACGAUGCUCAUCACAACAUGACUCAGAUUUAUAAUGAGACAGCAAAAAUUAGGCGUGAGAGAUUGGGUGGGUUGAAACCUAUGCGGUGGACAUUGAUAGAAGCUCAACGUCUUGGCUACUUUAUUGAGUGUGAAUUUGAUGAUCAACGUCGUGUUACUAGACUCUUCCUAUGCCAUCCUGAGUCGAUUCGGAUGUUGUUGGCAUGGUAUUUUGUUGUUUUGAUAGACUCGACGUACAAGACUAACAAGUAUAAGCAGCCACUGGUUCAGUUGAUUGGUGUUAGUCCGGUGAAGAAGAACUUCAACAUUGGGUUCGCAUUGAUUUCAGAUGAGACGAAGGAGACAUAUGCUUGGGUUUUGAUGCAAUUGAAGAUUGUGCUUGGUGAUCGAACCCCGGUUGCGUUCGUCACAGACAAGGCGGGAGGAUUGGGUGUCUCUUUGCAACAGAUCUUUCCAUCUUCAGCUCAUUUACUAUGUGUGUGGCACAUGAAAAAGAACAUUGAAGCCAAAAUGAUGCAGUUGGGGAUUGGUCGUGAUUCUGCCAAUGGUCUUUACUGGGGCCCAUUGGGUCCGACUAGUUCUCGACAAUGUCGAUGGGGUGACACCAAUGCCAUAUUUUAG